AUGUCAGCUGUAAGCGCGGCUGCGGUGCGUGCAGCAUCGCGGUCCUCUCGACUGGUCGGCAGCACACAAUCAAGCAGAGCCCGCCUUGUGCGGCCUGCGCUCACAAUAGCUUCACGGUCGCAGCGGCGGCAAUAUGCCUCCCACGAACCUCAACAACUAUCUACGAGGUCGACAGUGGUCCAGCUGCUCAGUAACAUUGGGUCAAAGCGAGAAGUGCAGCAAUACCUGUCACACUUCACCUCAGUCUCAUCGCAGCAAUUCGCUGUCAUCAAAGUGGGCGGUGCUAUCUUGACGGAGCACCUACAGACCCUGUCUUCGGCGCUCGCAUUCCUCAAUCAUGUUGGACUGUACCCUAUUGUCGUCCACGGUGCAGGUCCGCAGCUGAACAAGAUAUUGGAAGAUUCAGGCGUUGAACCACAAUUCGAGGAAGGUAUCAGAAUAACAGACCCAAAGACACUGGGCAUUGCUCGCGCUCUAUUUCUGGAGGAGAAUCUACGGCUUGUGGAGGAACUUGAGAGACUCGGCAUCCGAGCGCGGCCUAUCAAUUCAGGCGUCUUCACCGCCGACUACCUCGACAAGGAUAAAUGGAACCUGGUGGGCAAGAUCACAAGUGUGGACAAGAAGCCUAUUGAGGCAGCGAUCCAGGCCGGCUGUCUACCUAUCUUGACAUCUAUGGCCGAGUCGUCAUCUGGACAGAUUCUUAACGUCAAUGCAGAUGUCGCAGCCGGUGAGCUGGCGCGUGCUAUUCAGCCGCUGAAGAUUGUCUAUCUAUCUGAGAAGGGCGGUCUGUUCAAUGGCGACACUAAGGAGAAGAUCUCCGCUAUCAAUCUUGAUGAGGAGUACGAUGACUUGAUGUCACAAUGGUGGGUCAGACACGGAACACGCCUCAAGAUCAAGGAAAUGAAGGACUUGCUCAUGGACCUCCCUCGCACAUCAAGUGUGGCUAUCAUCCACCCCGCGGAUCUGCAAAAGGAAUUGUUCACAGACUCUGGUGCUGGGACACUGAUACGGCGCGGCAACAAAUUGAAGGAGGUUCUGAUACGUGAACGAGAGGGUCUAGACGCUCGCGCGGUGGUGGAUCGGUACGUCACCGACUUGCAAGGCAAGCCAUUCAAAGCCUACUACGACGAACCUAUGGAAGCACUUGCCAUUGUCAUGCCGCCAGCAGAGGGCACUCAGCUCGCACACCUCGCAACCUUGACAAUCACUCGACAAGGAUGGCUCACCAACGUGGCCGACAACAUCUUUGCCAGCAUCCGCAAAGAUUUCCCUAAGCUGAUGUGGACAGUCAAAGAGGACGACGAGAAUCUCACCUGGUUCUUCGACAAGGCAGAUGGCAGCUUUUCGAAAGAUGGGGAGGUUUUGUUCUGGUACGGACUUGAGACUACGAAUGAGGUGCAGGAACUGAUGGUCGAGUUUAACAAACACGGGCGUGAGAUGUUUGGCGGCAUCAAUCUCGAGUCCAAGUUGCAGAAAGCUGCACGGGCUGCGGCCAACCUUGCGUCAUCAGCUGCUCGCUCAGCGGGUCUCUCCCAGGCUCGUGCCUACUCAACAUCCACUCGAACACCCAGACGUCCUCAAGUGACCCAACCUUCGACUCAAUCACGGAGGACAUAUGCAACAACUACCAACCCCAAUCCUCCACUUGGGUCGAAGAACAGCUCCAACGACAAGCCAUCGAGAGUGGCCAUCAUUGGCGCCCGCGGCUACACUGGCAAAGCUCUCAUUGACCUCAUCAACCGACACCCAAACCUAGACCUGCGGCAUGUCUCUUCACGCGAACUUGCUGGGCAGAAGCUGCAAGGCUACAACAAGCGUGACAUCACCUACGAGAAUCUCUCCGUAGAAGAGGUCCGUCAGAAGGCAGAAAACGGCGAUGUGGACUGCUGGGUGAUGGCACUGCCCAAUGGCGUUUGCAAGCCUUUCGUUGAUGCCAUCGAUCAGACUGGCAAGGAUCAGGUCGUCAUCGACCUGAGCGCUGAUUACCGCUUCGACUCAGGUUGGACAUACGGUCUUCCAGAGUUGGUCGAUCGCUCUGCCAUCGCCCGAGCCAAGCGUAUCUCAAACCCUGGAUGCUAUGCGACUGCUGCUCAGCUUGGUAUUGCGCCUCUUCUAGAGCACCUCGGAGGUCAGCCAACCGUCUUCGGCGUGUCUGGUUACUCUGGCGCUGGCACUAAGCCCAGUCCAAAGAACGAUGUCUCCAACUUGACGGACAAUCUGAUUCCGUACAGUUUGACAGACCAUAUCCACGAGCGGGAAAUCACAGCACAGCUUGGCACGCCAAUCGCGUUCAUCCCUCACGUUGCUGUAUGGUUCCAGGGCAUCCACCAUACCAUCAACAUCCCUCUAGCCAAGGAGAUGUCAUCACGGGAUAUCAGAAACGUGUAUCAGGAUCGAUAUGCUGGCGAAAAACUUCUCAAGGUCAUCGGCGAAGCACCUCUGGUGAAGCAGAUCUCUGGUCGACAUGGAGUUGAGAUGGGCGGAUUUGCUGUUCACUCGAGUGGAAAGCGUGUGGUUGUGUGCGCUACGAUUGACAAUCUGCUUAAGGGUGCGGCGACUCAGUGUCUACAGAACAUGAAUUUGGCUCUGGGUUAUGGCGAGUAUGAGGGAAUACCACUUGAUUGA